UGGCCAUGACUGUAUGGAAGUAGUCGGUCCUCGCUAGUCGAUAAAGUCAACUUAGGCAUUGGAAAUGGGGACUUCCUUUUCUUAGCUUUCUUGUAGUUUCAAAUCAAGUAAUUUUCCCCCGAGGAAUGUAGCCUAAGAACUGUUAUUAAUUGACUGCGAAUACAAUUAGGCCUGAUUCUGUUUAAUGCACAGUUUACCGGACUAGAGACCGUAUCAAAAAUACUGUGCUGAUUAAUUGCAGAUAAAUCACAAAAAUAAAAUGCUCUAAAGUUAUAGUAGGCCAUAGAAAAAUAACGUCACAUUCAUUUUACAUGUUUUUAUAAGUCUAAAGAGAUACAUGCUUAGCGACUUGUUUCAAUUGUGAUAGGCCUACUAAACUCACAACUUCAGUUGUUCAGUGUUAUCACACUACGAAUAAAUAUUUUACGGUCUAAUACCUUACACAAUGCCAUACAAGUGCGUCGUCCCCGGUUGCCGUAGCAACUACUACCACGUCAAGGGUACCCAGUCCGUCCCCAUGAUGCGGUACGCUAGUGACCCGGAGAUGGUCCAGGCGUGGAACAAGGCGAUAUGUCGUCCCGGGUUCGAGCCUUCUCCGUACUCGCACGUAUGCAUUAAACACUUCCGCGAAGACCAGCUGUGCCGUAAGCCAGAGCCAAAGUAUUUAGAGGGUGGUGGAGCCCAGGCGAUAUUGUGGGGUCGACGGACGACCAAGUUGAAGAGUGGCGCGAUACCUUGUAUCUUCGAGAAGGACCCCAGCACCCAUAAGAUGAAGCCUAUCUACGAACGGAACCGAUCUCACAAAAAACCCGUCCAUAAACAACCGAAGGGAUCCAAAGUCCCGACGAUUAUGAAGGUGGAGUUUAAGCCGGAAAUGUGGGAAGAAGAGGAGAAAAAAACCGAUUUGCCAAUAAAGAGAGGAAGAGGAAGACCGAGAAAAACACCAAAGCUUGAUGGUGCUCUGGAUAAAAGUUUCAGUGAAGUGGUGUCAUGCUGUGCUCUUGCCUGUCCCAACACAUCAGAGAACCAUACCAUGAUCACCCUGCCGCAGGAUGAGUCGUCUCGUAAGCACUGGGUUGAUAAGAUAGAUCGGCUGGACUGGAGUCCUGAUGAAGACGCUGCUUUGUGUGAGGUUCAUUUUGAGGAAGAUAUGUGGGACAAAGACUCUGAAGCCAAGAAACUCCUCCCAGAAGCGGUUCCUUCCUUGUUCCUGCACGGGGAAGCCAUCAAGUCGUGGGUCACAUUGGACAACACAGGCAACAUUGCGGAUAUGGUUGUGGAGAGACACAGCACCAAUGAUGAAGACAGCGCCCAUGGUGGGAGCAAUUAUGAUAAUAAUGAGGAGUCUAUGGAUUGUUCAGAACCAGAUGAGAGUGCAUCGAUAUUUGUUAAACGUGAAGCUUUAGAGCCAGAAAUUGACAUGGUUGAAGGAUGUGAAGAGGACAUGGUACCAAGAGAUACUUCAAACGGAGAGCAGUUUGAAACCAUCUACUGUGAUUCUACAUUCAAUGAUAAUGAGGAUUCCAAUAACGUAAUCUAUGAAGAUAUUGAAGAAGAUGAUAUUUCCACGGCUCCAAAUUCAUCAGUGGUGGAUAUGAAUCCUCUAGCAGAUGAAAGAUGCUCCAGUCCCAUCCAGGAUGGUGAAGUAUCCUGCCUGGAAGACUCUACCAAAAAAAAUGCUGAUAGCAAGUAUUUGGUCAUCUCAAAAUCAUUCCAAAAAUUAAUGAACAGCAAAGUUAUAAGAAGGAGAACCGGCAAUGAACUGACAACAAAGUACCAGUGCCCAAUCUGUGAUAGAAGACUCAGCCGUAAAAAGAAUUUGGAGAUUCAUAUCCAGAAACUGCACCCGUUUGGAGAAAUGUCAGAAUACCAGAAGAAAAAGAAGGAAGGCAUUUUGACAAAAUCAAAAGAAUCACCCAUCAAUGGGUUCAAAAAGCCACCACCACCUCUAAGGCCCAUAGUACCUCAAUGUUUGAUCAGCCCUUCAUUUCCUGUCAUUCCCUUGAAAACUCAAAACUCACCAGCAACAACCUCAGCACCUGAGGGAGUUCUUACAGCUUCCAUUCCCAUCCUCUCAUUUGCUUCGCAGAGUCCUCUUGUGUCAUCAUCGGUGGCAACGACCCCAUCGACUAUUGUUGCCCCGUUGGUCACGUCCCAUUCUCUAGUCACCCCCUCGGCUCUUCUAACAUCACCCAACCUCACAUCGUCCUCCGCAGGGACUACUUUGAUGACAACGACGUCUGUAGUCACUACUCCUUGCCCUCUCGACCCAAGUCCUGCCGGAGGCGAAAUGAGGAAGCAACAAUUUUUACUCCUUCUCCCAAAACCGGCAGUGAUACCUUCUCCACCGCCCUUGAAUAAGGCAGAACCACCCAAAUCUUCUAAGCCUGCCAGCCCUACAAAACUAUCGAUACCUAGUGACAACAUGUACUCCGUCAACCUUGGCGAACUGUCGUUGGAGAGAAGGAUCAAGUUGAAGGAGAAACUGCGGGAGCUGGUCAACGCUGUUGUGAAGAAAAACUUGAACCCGGAAAGAAUAAUAAUCGCAUAUGAUAGAACGUAAAGUGUUCAAGUAAAUAUUACUAGUUAAAACAAAUUUAUGAUCUCUGUUAAUAGUCUAGGGUUUAUCUCUGCCAAAUACAGUAGUUAAAAUUCUUUUCAUAACUUUAUGGAUCUAUUUUAAUUUCAAAUCUAAUUUUGUUAUGUUCUAGUUCCUUUCAUAAAAGAUAUACUAAACUAUAUGAAAUAACACCAGAUUAACAAAUUAAAAUGGUUUUUAAAAUUGUAGAAUAUUAGUUUUUAUUUGCUGUUAGUGUUACCAAUACUUUUUUGGUUUUUAAAAUUGGUUUUCAUACAAUUUUAAUGAUUUUUAAUCGUUUAUUUUUAUUUAAAUGACUGGUUAUGAAUAAGAAUAUUUUUGUAUGUUAAUGCUAGUUAAAUAUACAAGUACCUGUUUGCGAUAAUUGAACUACACUUUAAUCUGAUAGUAAUUUAAUUAUGUAAU